AUGGCCGAGAAAAUGAAAACCCUAGCAAUAUUGUGUCUUGUUUCCCAAGUAAUCAUUCCAACCGUAAACUCAGCAGCUGCUAAAGGAGGUGUUGAUUUUUCUAUACUCAUAAAAAAUGAGAUGUACCACGUCACAAAACCGUCGGUGUUCUACAAUUGCCGAUCACCAAAGAAAGACAUCGGAUGGCGCAAAUCCUUCCCAUCCUCAGAGUUUGAAUGGGAAUUCAAAGUUCCUCAGUUUGGUAAUGGCGUGAUGGUUCACAAAUGUCGUUUCCGGUCGAGCCUAGGAACAGCAAACUUUGAGAUCAGGACGUUGUCUACUACGGCGAUGCUAUGCGACGGACAAACAUGUAAAUACUCAAUCAGACCUAAUGGGAUUUAUUUCAUUGGUUACGAGUUGUAUUCUCCUCAUGCUAUAUUCGGAAGGUAUUUUGAAUUUUCGAGGCCCGUCGAGAAACUAGUUGAGCCAUGGAAACCAUGGUCGCCGCAACAACUCAAAAUUAUGCACGGUAGAGUGCAUCCAGAGCCUGAUUCGGAUGAAGAAGACGAUGAUUGA